AUGAAGCCUAGACUAUUCUCAACGUUACGUUGCUUGCAGCACGAGAAUCCUUUGGGAUUGCCACGAUCCGGAAGCAUUCCUCGAAUGCAACGCGGCUUACCCGAGCGAAGGCAGAUCAAAGACGUAAAGAAAGUGAUUGCUGUAUCAUCUGCGAAAGGCGGGGUUGGGAAGUCAACUAUUGCUGUGAACCUUGCCUUGGCAUUCGCUCGAAAGGGGCUCCGAAGUGGCGUCCUCGACACAGAUAUCUUCGGUCCCUCUAUACCAACUCUAUUGAACCUCUCAGGCGAGCCUCGAUUAUCUCCCAGUCAGUGA